UUACAACAAUAACCACGGCGAUAUGCAGAUGCAGACCGAACCGGAAACCACCACCAUCCAACACCUGAAAACGAAAAGAAAAGAUGAGGCUAAGCAAAAGGACGCAUGGAGCAAAGGAUCGAAAGGGGCCGAUUUAUUACAUUGGAAAGAUAUGCCGAAACAUCUUCAGUUUAAUCCCUACAUUUUUAAUGGUUACAGACCAAUGACUACCGCUUGGGGGUGUUUGAACAGCUUGUUUUAUCUCCACAAUGAAACAAUUAACAUCUUAACGCAUGCGAUUCCAAUAAUUUACAUCCUUUUGACCGUCCCCAAUAUAAUGCCGUGGUCGAAUACUGAGUUAUGGUUCCUUUCUUGGUGUCACGUGGUUGGGAUCCUGUGCCCUUGGAUAGGCAGCUUCCUUUACCAUCUCUUCAUGAAUCUCGAACGCGGCGAAAUUAUCUACUAUCGUCUUCUUCAGUUGGAUAUGUUGGGGAUUUGGGUUAGCCAGAGUUUUGGGGCCUUACCAAUGGUAACUGCUACGACCUAUUGCCUUCCAAUUAUCGUCAGGUGGUUCGGUAUAUUUUCCUACAGCGUGUUAAGCCUUUGGGGUCUUUACAAAGCGAUGACGGCUUGGUCGCCGUGGGAGAGGAGACUAUGUUUUCUACUUCCAUUUACAAUGAGGAUGGUGCUGUGUUUUGCGCGGUAUACAAAUCUCGGUGGGGGUGAUCCAGCUGCAUUUACACAUAUUGUUCUUCAGGAUUUAGUUUCGGUAAUCGGUGCUACUAUAGGAGCAUUACACAUUCCAGAAAAAUGGUUUCCAGGUACCGUUGAUUACUACAUGAAUUCCCAUAAUAUAAUGCACAUAUUAGUGGUUGCCGCCGUUUAUUCCAUGCACAUAGCGACGAUAAAAGAUUUUUCGUGGAUGAGCAGAGUGAGUUGUAACGCAGCUCUUUGACCGCAUCAAAAGAAUUAAAAAAAAAUAAAUAGUAAUAAUAAAGAAAACUAAAAAGGCCUUCCGAAGAGAGAACCCGAACAAAUCUAAUGUGAUUGAUUGUCCAAAGAAAAAAAUAAUUAAAAAAAAUUGUACUUAACCAAGUAGCGACCACUUUUAGCGCGUUUAGAUUAUGACAUUGUUGAUAUAUUA